AUGGCGGACCCCUUGGCGAAGGCCCUGUGGAGCGCGCUGGGCAUGUCCUGGGCGAUGGCGAUGGCGCUGGCGCGGCUGCUCCUGGCGUUGUGGCUCGCCCUGGCCGCCGCAGGUGGUCUGGAAGUAGAGAUGGCUGGGAGGAGGCAGACGGUAUCCCUCAAUAAAAAUAUCACCAUCAUCUGCAAAGUGCCUGGAGCUCCAAACUUGGACAUCAGGACUAUGGGUAUCAGAUGGUUUUGGAAGAAUCAGACAUCUGAUCUGGAGAAAGUGUUUGAGUUUAUCGGAGAUCACCAAGAGGCAAUCCGACCUGGAGCCACUGUGUCUCUAUGGAGGCUGAAGAGGGGUGAUGCCUCACUACAGCUGCCUGCCAUCCAGCUGAGGGAAGCGGGAGAAUACCGAUGCGUGGUGGUGGUCACCCCACAGAAGGCGGAGGGCAGGGUCUGGCUAGAAGUUAUAGCUCCCUGCAACGUGGACUAG